CACCAAUGACAGCCCAUUGGUAAACAGAACAGCAUGCGUAUUUUAUUUUCGUGCAUUCGUGCAAAUCCAGUAUGCAGCGAAAAGUACAUUCAAAAUAAUUGAGAGGAUGUUUAAAUGUUUUAAACCGUUCCGUAAAUUAUGAUUGUGUACUACUAGCCAUCAGUGUUCACAGUGAUGUCCCAGCAGGAAGAAAACGCUAUCUUUCUGAUAAACAAACUAUCGUUGAAGGAGACUAAACCAAAAGCGAAAAGACAUGGAUAUAAAAACAGACCAGCCUCCCCAGAAAAGUUAUUGGCCGAGGUAACAAACCGGAUAGCGUUGGACUGUGAAAUGGUUGGUAUUGGAGCAGAUGGCAAGGAGCAUAUGUUGGCACGUGUUUCCAUCGUAAACGAGCAGGGAGAAGUCAUCAUCGACCUUUACGUAAAACCGCAAGAAACCGUAAUAGAUUAUAGAACGGAUAUCAGUGGCAUACGGCCGGAACAUAUAGCUCACGGUGUUGACUUUAAGACGGUACGUGAGCUCGUCAGAAAGAUUAUCCAUGGCAAAACACUAGUGGGACAUGCGCUCAAAAACGAUCUUCUGGUGCUAAAUUUGCGACACCCCAAGCACAACAUUCGUGACACGUCCCGCUUCCGUCCAAUAGCGAAAAAGGCUGGCUCAUUUGGAACGCCUAGCUUGAGAAGCAUCACGUUUGCACUUCUAGGCGAAGACAUUCAGGAUGGUUCGCACGAUUCGGUAGAAGAUGCUCGAGCAGCUAUGAAGAUAUAUUUGCUAUUCCAAAAGGAAUGGGAAAAAAAUGCUUUACCUGCGUGGGUAUAUGAGACCAACAGUUGAAUGAAGUGCCGUUGAGGGUUUCAAACACGAACGAAAACUUUCGGUAAAGUUUGCAACUAGCAUAUAAUCUUCAAUCGUUUGUUAAUGAAUUAUACUUCUAUUAGUUUUAUAAAUGAAUGCUAGCACAGUAAUACGAAAUUUGU